CUUUAAAAAAAUAAAUUUCAUGCCGAAAUUUCAAAACUUUCAUAAAAUUGUAUACUCAAAUUUUCUUCUGAAUUGCAAUCAAAUAUGAAGAAAUUACUUUUCUGAACGACUGCUAAUUGAAUUAAGCUUAAUUAAACGAAAAUGAUGUUGAAAUUUUGAAAUAAAUUAAACUCACUUGACUAAAUUGAGAUGCGUUACGCUAUUCGUACUUCGGAAAGCUGUGCGACGUAUUUUAUAUUAUAUAAAUAUUUCUAAUCCGUGAUAAGGGAGCCCAACCGCAAUAAAGUAAAACCUCUCUUUGCAAAAAUGUUUGCCAAAACCGCUGAUAAAAGAGUGUCGGAAAUAUUCGAGGCUCAGUUAAUUUCUAAACGUUGCUCACAGUAGACGAAAAAAUUGGAUGAAAGCAAUUUUUUAAACGAGAAAAAAAUGAAAAUAUUUCUUGGAAAAACAAUUUCAUUGUUUUGUGUUUUGUGUGUAAUCACGGGUGUCAAGGGUGAGUAUGUAUCGUGUAUGACCCCAAGUGGCUAUAUUGGCAACUGCAUGCCACUAACUGGUUGCCCAAGUCUAAGCGGAUUGGCCGCGAACACGCGUCGAACAAAGGAACAAAGUAAUUAUCUACAGAACAGUCUAUGCGGACCAUUAAGCUACAAUCUCUUUGUAUGUUGUCCAGUGAAGAACCCACCGCCAUCAAAAGCAAUUGAAGCGCUGCCAAAAAUUGACAGUUUCUGUCAGACACCGGACGGUGAAACUGGAGAAUGUGUUAUUUUAAAGAGCUGCAGCAUUUUACUAGAGCUUGCUAGAAAACCAACCCUUACAAGGUGGGAGAUUUCAUACCUGAGAAAGAGUAAAUGUGGAAACGCUAAUGGAGAAAUUAUGGUCUGUUGCCCUGAAAAUAAGUGGACAGUACACCAUACAACAACAUCAACAACAACAACACCCACAGUCAAGAGCAAAAUGAGAAACGCUCCACCCAUGCCAGAAACUUCCUGUGACACAGCGGCCAACAAACCUGGAAAAUAUAUAUCCAUAAAAAGCUGCAGUACCUUGCUCGAAAUUGUUACAAAGCAAGACAGAACACCUUUAGAGACGUUGUACCUGCAGCAUAGUCAAUGUGGAUAUGAUAAUGGAGAGUUCAUGGUGUGUUGCCCUGAAACUAAGUCGACGACACAAACAGCACCUGAUACAAAAGCAAUACAAACAACGACAACAACAGCACCAACACAUAUAACGAUGAGCCCGACAACCUCAACAGCCGCUCCACCCAUGCCGGAAACUUCCUGUCACACAGCGGCCAACAAACCUGGAAAAUGUAUAUCCAUAAAAAGCUGCAGUACCUUGCUCGAAAUUGUUACAAAGCAAGACAGAACACCUUUAGAGACGUUGUACCUGCAGCAUAGUCAAUGUGGAUAUGAUAAUGGAAAGUUCAUGGUGUGUUGCCCUGAAACUAAGUCGACGACACAAACAGCACCUGAUACAAAAGCAAUACAAACAACGACAACAACAGCACCAACACAUAUAACGAUGAGCCCGACAACCUCAACAGCCGGUCCCAACAUAGUACCACCAAAGGAGAUUCCAAUAAGUGGGUAA